AUGACCAGCGGCACCACCAUUGAUGGUAUCUGUACGGCCAUUGAGCUGGCGGUCCCUAUGGUGGCUCGUUUAACUGAAGCCUUCGGCCUCCCUGGCCCCGGCCCACACGUUGUUGAGGCUGCCAGGGAUAAAUACAAGACGCGAGAAGCUCUAGAGAGGCAUGGUCUGCCGAGGACCACGCACUUUUUAAUAUCCUGCGAGGAUGACAUCGAACCGGCUGGCGAUUUUGUUGGUUAUCCAGCUGUCAUGAAGCCCGUCUCUGGUGCAGCAUCACUAGGCGUCAAAAAGGUGAACUCCCACGAAGAGCUUUUGGCCGUCUAUCGAGAGACUCAGCAGCUCCUCAGUGAGCUGGUGGUCAGCUCGGGUGCCCUCGAGAGGAAGAAUGAGCACAGUGAUCCGGACGCGGUUGCUGCCGCCGGUCGUAUCUCUACCGUCGUAAUACUCGAGGAGUAUCUCGACGGUCAGGAGGUCGAUGUGGAUGUUGUGCUCAGUCCUGGCUUGGGCUGUACAUUUGCUGUUGUCACUGAUAAUGCUCCUACCAAGGAGCCCUAUUUUUCCGAGACCUGGGGUGUUAUUCCGAGUGCUCUCCCUCGUGACCGUUGUGACCAGCUUGUCGAUCUUGCCGUGAGCUCAGUGAAGGCUCUAGGUUUCGACUCUGGUGUUUUUCACGUCGAGGCCAAGUACACGUCCCGCGGUCCUCGUUUGAUUGAAGUUAAUGCCCGUAUGGGAGGCGGGCCAGUCCAUUUGUGCAUAACAUUAGUAAUGGUGUUGAGCUCUGCGUAG